UGCACUCAGUGUGGAAAGAGUUUGGCAAGCAAAAGCAAACUUAAGAUUCACAUGAGGAUCCACACUGGAGAGAAACCAUUCACAUGCACUCAGUGUGGAAAGAGUUUCAGCCACUCAUCAAACUUUAAUAAUCACAUAAAGAUCCACACUGGAGAGAAACCAUACACUUGCACUCAGUGUGGGAAGAGUUUCAACCAAUCAUCAAACCUUAAUAAUCACAUGAAGAUCCACACUGGAGAGAAACCAUUCACAUGCCCUCAGUGUGGAAAGAGUUUUGGAAUACAAAGCAGUCUUAAAAUUCACAUGAGGAUCCACACGGGAGAGAAACCAUUCACAUGUACUCAGUGUGGGAGGAGUUACCACCAAUCAUCAAACCUUAAUAAUCACAUGAAAAGCCACACUGGAGAGAAACCAUACACUUGCACUCAGUGUGGGAAGAGUUUUGGAAUACAAAACACUCUUAAAAUUCACAUGAGGAUCCACACUGGAGAGAAACCAUUCACAUGCACUCAGUGUGGGAAGAGUUUCAACCAAUCAUCAAACCUUAAUAAUCACAUGAAGAUCCACACUGGAGAGAAACCAUUCACAUGCACUCAGUGUGGGAAGAGUUUUGGAAUACAAAACACUCUUAAAAUUCAUAUGAGGAUCCACACUGGAGAGAAACCAUUCACAUGCACUCAGUGUGGGAGGAGUUUUAACCAAUCAUCAUCCCUUAAUCUACACAUGAUGAUUCACACUGGGGAGAAACCAUUCACAUGCACUCAGUGUGGGAAGAGGUUUAGCCAAUCAUCAAACUUUAAUAAACACAUGAAGAUCCACAGUGGAGAGAAACCAUUUACAUGCCACCAGUGUGGAAAGAGUUUUAGCAUACCAUCACACUUUAAUCUACACAUGAGGAUCCACACUGGAGAGAAACUAUUCACAUGCACUCAGUGUGGGAAGAGUUUCAGCCAUUCAUCAAACCUCAAUUCACACAUGAGGAUCCACACUGGAGAGAAACCAUUUACAUGCACUCAGUGUGGAAAGAGUUUCAGCCAAUCAUCAUCCCUUAAUUUACACAUGAGGAUCCACACUGGAGAGAAACCAUUCACUUGCACUCAGUGUGGAAAGAGUUUCAGCCAAUUGUCAUCCCUUAAUAUACACAUGAGGAUCCACACUGAAGAGAAACCAUUCACUUGCACUCAGUGUGGGAAGAGUUUCAGCCAGUCAGCACACCUUAAUAAACACGUGUUGAGCCACAAUGGAAAAAAGCCAUUCACUUGUACUUAAGCCACGGUCACACUUGAUUUUUUUUCCCCAUAGACUUCCAUUCAUACGCAUGCAAAUGCGUCAGACCGGAAACACAAGUUCUCCCUCGGUUGGGGAACUUCAGUACUGUACAGUGGAUUUGAUCUUGGAAAAUCCACGUAUGGGAGGAUUCGAUUCAGAAGCCGUUUGUCUGAAAGAGUAUUGAAUGGGCCAAUGAAGCAAAGAAUUGGCAGCGUAAGUUUGUGCAGGUGUGCCUCAUUGCCAAUUAUCCCAGCAUAUAAGCACACCUGGAGCGAGUCACUUGCUGGCCCACUACGUUGUUGGUCUGCCCGCUGGUCAGCCUGCGUUUUGGGUAUAGGUGCCUGCUAUGCGUGAUCCCCACUAGGCGAUCCCAAAUGCUUAUUCCGCCACAGUUAAGCCCCCCCCAUGAUCAAAUCCACUGUAUAGCACUUCCGUUACCCUACUCGGGGAACAAAGGGUUACUUCUGUAACCUCAAACGUUCUUGCGUCAAGUUUCGUAGUUCAGUUACUUACAAAGUUUAAUCUUGGUGAAGUCUUACCUGCGAAAUCGCAUCACUUGACUGUGUGAGACCAAUCAAAUAUCAAAACAUGACCUCUCUGGACAGAAA